UCAUUACUUUCUCAGUCUGUCCUCACACACCACAGAGGCAACAUGAGGCUGUGGACCGUCCUGCUGCUCGCUCUGCUCGCUGAGACUUUUGCUAUAGAAGAGUCCUGCGUGGGUCGCUGUGAGAAUGGCUUUGACUCUAAGAAGAAGUGCCAAUGUGACUCCAUGUGCAAGUAUUACAAGAGCUGCUGCUCUGACUAUCAGGUCACCUGUGGCAGGACAACUCGUGGAGACACAUUCGUCUUUGCAGAGGAUGAUGAUGAUGAGAUGUUUGAAGAUAUCACGCCACCGACUGCCACUGCUUUAAAUCAUCAGCUGACACCCACACCGGACUUUGCUCGCAGACCACAGCAACACCUAGAAACCACACUAGAAAUGACCAACCCCCCUCAACUGAUGGACACCAAACCAGAUCAGAAAAUCCCUGUUACACAGAAAACCUCCAUUUCGCAGAUGGACCCCUCGGCACAAAUGCUCCCCAGCACAGCUAAACACCCUACGACUGAUUCAGCUGAGACAACCACUGUUCCUGUCACAACAGGUACCACCGCAGCCCCUGACCCUGACGCCGUGGCCUGCAGUGGGAGGCCUUUUGACUCCUUCAUGCAGCUGAAAAAUGGCUCUAUAUACGCCUUCAGAGGGGACUACUGUUUUGAACUGGACCAGAAGUCGGUGCUUCCUGGUUACCCAAAGCUCAUAAAGGACGUGUGGGGCAUCAGCGGGCCUAUUGAUGCUGCCUUCACACGCAUCAACUGUCAAGGAAAGACUUAUAUCUUCAAGGGAAACAAGUACUGGAGGUUUGAUAACGGCGUGCUGGAUGAGGACUAUCCUCGAGAUAUCAGCGUGGGCUUUGACAAAAUUCCUGAUCAUGUGGAUGCAGCAUUUGCUCUGCCCGCUCCGGGUCACAAUGGAAAAGAGAAAGUCUAUUUUUUCAAAGGGGAUCAGUAUUACACGUAUGAGUUUUUGCACCAGCCGUCCCACGAGGAGUGCAUCACCAUGUCUGCGAGGUCUCCGUCCACACUGUUCAGGCGCUACACUGACAUAUACUACAACUAUGAACGCAUCAUGAGUGAGCUCUUCUCUGGCUUGCCGCAGCAUCAUGACAAACAUCACUUCAUUGCCAAGGACUGGAAGGGCCUCAAGUCUCCCAUCGAUGCUGUCAUGGUCGGUAGGAUGUACGUCCCUCCUUGGAGGCCAAGUGGACGCCGCAACGACGACCAGCCAGACCAGCAGUGGGGUCAACAGCAGGGCCAGCAGUGGAACCAGCAGGGCCAGCAGUGGAACCAGCAGUAUGGACAGCAGUGGGGGCGUAGGAGGCAAAGCCGCUCACCCUUAUGGGAGUCCAUGGCUGAGCGGGGCAUGAACAUGGGACAAGAAUUCGCACGAAGGGGGAUGGAAAUGGGUCUAAGGUUGGCAGAGAGGAGGAUGGAGAUGGAGGAGAGGCUCGGAAGAGACUGGGACAGACAUUGGGAUCAAGUCUGGGACCAGGACAGACGGUGGGAUGGCUACCGACAGAACAACAGAGGCAACUAUGACUCCAGAAAUGACAGAAGGAACUGGGGGUCCAUCCAGCGGAGUCUGCCCAUACAGAGCGUCUACUUCUUUAAAGGAGAUGCUUACUACAGAGUGGACCUCAAGACCAAGAGAGUUGACUUUGCGUCGCCUCCAUAUCCAAGAUCCAUUGCCAAGUACUGGCUCGGCUGUUCAGACACCACUGGGGCAGAAAAGUAGUUUCCCGAUAUUUUGAUAUAAUAAUUUGGGUUAAAGUUGUACGUUACAGAUUCUUCAUUUUACCUGAAAAAAGGCAGAGUAGUUGCUGUUGAAAGUGUGACACACAUUUGCUCAGUGUAACACAUAACUGCCCGUCAACUUCAGCAAAUAUUGGAGAUCGAUGAAAAUCCACAGACUGCUGCUCUCCAAUGGCCUCAACAUGGCCAAAGUUCAACUAGCUGAUUUAGUUCAUUCCAUCUGUUGUCGAUAUGAAAUGACCUAUUUAAUUAUACACAACUAUAAUAACAAUACGCUAAGCUGAGGUGAAGCUGAUCUGUCGGCAGUCUCAACGUCAAUUUUAGGCUACAUAUACAUUUUAAAAAAGCUUAUUUACAACAUUGAUAAGGUUAUUUUUAAAAGAUUUACAGCUUCUCAUUUCUUAGUUUUCAGUGUGAUAGAAAUGAUAUAUAUACACAGACAGUAAUGCAGUUAUGUUUUCUAAAUAAUGUAUCUACAAAAUUCAAAAUGUUUAUUUACUCCUUACUAAUCAUAAGCAUAUAUACAGUGAAUAAUGAAAAUAUAACAGGGUUGAUAAGACUUUCCAUCCCCCAAAGUUUCAUUAUAGUUUGGUACGUGGUCGGUCGUACAGAUUUUUCCCAUAAGUCAUGACAAAAAAUCUAAAAAUUGCAAUCAUGGGUUUUACCCAACAGCAGCAUCAUGUAACUUUCACAACACAACGACAGGUGGGACUUUGGCUGCAGGAUGUAGAUGUGAAACAUUCUUAUGAUUCUACUACUCUGACAUCUACUGACUAAUAUAUACAGAUGUUUAAACAAUGUACUCAUUCAGAGGGAGCCACAUUUGAUGCAUGUUCAAAACCUGUUACAGUCUUUUCUUACUUGUAUUUUCAUCCAUAACAAAUAAACCAUUAAUCACCAAAAA